UUGCAUUAGGGGAAUCCCUUGUAAACAAUAAUUAUACAAGAACACAAAGCUUUCUCUCCGCUAUGCUUUUGAACGGCCUGGACAAGCUUCUGGCGAGACUGUGUCUCAAGAUCCGACCCUCCCAGUUGGAGAAGCUGUUGUCGUGUUCACGGCUCUCACCCUCAGUCAAGAGCAACAUUCGCCACUCGAACAUCAAGUACCUCAAGGGGCUCAAGAAGAUAUCGCCAUCCAUUCAGCAGUUCCUAGCCACACUCAAGGAAUGUUUGGAGACAUUAGAUGACUCCCAUGAUUUGCUAGAACUAUUGGAGCGAUUUCGUCGUGUUUACCCUCGUCUAGAAGUGCUGGAACAAGAGCCUGAGGUGAUUGUGACACGUUGCGUAGCCUCUGAUAAGCAGAAGGGGGCUUUCAGUCGCGUCCUUGUCAGAAUAAGUAACGAACUGAAGGAUGAUCAUCUUGAGAUCCUAGUAGCACUCUGCCCCACCCCAGAGGGACGCAAAGAUGCACUCAUCAGUGGAGUUAAACUAUUUGAUGAGCUGCAAUGCCAUGGCUGUAUCACUGAGGACAAUACUGAUCUGUUGGAGGACUUGUUUCGAGUGCUACAGUUGGCCAAGCCAGCAGCUCUACUGGAAGAGUACAGGACGGCUUAUCCACUGGCACCAUCAUCUGCUGGAGCAUUGGAACGUCAGAUGUCAUUUGGCAGUGGAGAUUUGCCACGCCUACACAUACCAUCACAGCCGGCUCAGGUGGAGCCCAGGAUGUCACGCCCCCCACGUGGCCCCCACCCCCCACAUAGCUUCAGUACCCCCCACCAAGAGUCCUCCCCCCUCGUGCAAACACCUCUCACACAAGGCACUACCACAACGCGAACUGGUCGACCUGUCAACUCACUACAGAAGACCCCCACUCCUACCAAUGGUGAUCAGAGGCCCUUUCAUGCCCACUACACUAUGGACCCAGUAUACCCACGACCUCACAAUGGAGCCGGAGGAUCCUUGAGAAGUGUGCGAGGAUCAUGCAAGAGCCUCUACCCUCCCCCAGUCAGUGAGGCACCACCUUCAGCUCCACCCAUACAACAUGUACACGUACACCAAUCUUCUCUCAGCUCUUACACAGCUGCUAACUCAAGAGAAUUGUUUGAAGUCCCUGUACGAGUAUCGAAUGAACCACAACUCCCAGUUAACAAAGGACCACCAACAGCUCCACUCAUCCCACACAUACACGAAUCCACCUCGUCCUCUCUCAGCUCUUACACAGCUGCUAAAUCAAGAGAAAUGUUUGAAGCCCCUGUACGAGUAUCGAAUGAACCACAGCUAAUGUCAGGAGCUGCUAAAGGCACUCUCGGGGCCAGCAAGUUCCCCAACAAAGAGCUCAACAAGUAUCCACUGUCAUCCAGGGAACGCACUAAUCAGUUCCAAACUGCCACACCAGCACCAAACAACGCACCAGCACUAAACAACGCACCAGCACUAAACAACGCACCAGCACUAAACAACGCACCAGCACUAAACAACGCACCAGCACUAAACAACGCACCAGCACUAAACAACCUCCAGCCAGAGAGCUCUAAUCACACUCCUGGAAGUACAGACGAAAGUUAUGAACACGAAUCGAAUUUUCAUUCAGCUGAGGACAGACUACGCACUGGUGAUCUAAACGAGGUGGUUGUUGCAAUAGGGCAUGUGAACACUGGCUCUGGAAGUACACUCGAAAGUUAUGAACACGAAUCGAAUUGGGAUCCAGAUAAGAAUAGAGUACGCAGUGGCGGUAUGAUCGAGAUGGUUGUGGGGAGCAAGACUUCUAAUGAAAUAGAGCAUGUGAACAUUAGUUCUGGAAGUACAGUCAAAAGUUAUCGACAUGAAUCGAAUUUUGAUCCAGCUGAGGACAGACAACGCAGUGGCGGUAUGAUCGAGGUGGCUGUGGGGAACAAGGCUUCUAAUGUUCAGAACAGUCGUGCGAGUGCAGUAGUUUGUGAGGAGAGGUCAUCUACUGUUCCAGUCAGUGAAGUUAUGCUGAUGAUACAAAAUAGCUCCCCUGUGCUAAGCCGUAGCCAAGUCCAAGGUGAUGAAGAGAACAUUCCAUCUGUAAAUGUUGCAGUUACUCCAUUGAAGUCACAAGAGACUAACCAUGCUAGCUAUCACUCACCUCCUAGCCCAGUGAUGACCACUCGUGUUCCUGACGUUCCCUCUAGUCCAGUGGGGGAGGAGACAAGUCGCAAGAGAAGCCACGAAGAUGAUGGGGAAAUGGUGGUCAACAAGAGACGACGAUCGUCACGGAUACCAGCCAAGAAGAUACCAGCCAAGAAAUCUUUCUUAAAAUGGUUUGGAGAAAAGCUCGGACUAAGCUCUGUCAAAGAAGAGGAGAGCACUGACUAACAAUUAGUAUAAUGGCACUUAAAUUGUUAAUUGUAUAAUGUUCAUUGUUUUAUAAUUAUAACCCUCCCUGUUGUCAUGUUGAAUGUGUCAUGUUGAA